GGGAAGCCGACUGAUCUCCCUGUCACCCCUGGAGCAGGAAGCGACACCUCUGAGGUCCUCCUACCCCUCGGGCCAGCCUCCCCCAGCAGGGACUGGCAGAGGGCCCCUGACAGCCGAGCACCCUGAGCACCGGCCGUGCUGCAAGGGGCCGUAGCCGCCACAGGGCAAUGGCUGCACAGUGUCUGUUGGAGGUGACAGGUCUGUACAUCCAAGCAGGAGGCCAGCUGGGCCCCCUGUUCUCCACAGAGGGCCCCACGCCCUCGCCUGGCACAGGCAGGGACCUCAACUGGUUGCCACGCCUUCUGGGGACCCCAUGCUAUUUGAGCUGGACCUUGGGACUUGACUCCCCAAACUUUUUUCACCCUAAAGGACAGAGGUGAGGUGCCACGAACAAGGCAUUUCCUCAAAGUCUCGUGUGCACCUUGAGACUCUUGCAAAGUUGGUGUCCUUCUCCCUGACAGUUAGUUUGUUUUAUUAUAAAAGGGAAAAUUGAAAGACUGCAGUUAGAUUUUUUAACUUUCCUGCACAAAAUAUUGGGCCACACUGAGGCUACACUGAAAGUUAUACGCCCCGGGGUGUGUGGACCGGGGCCCAGACCCUAGGCAGCCGUCUGAGUGGAGGGCAUCAAGGGAGGGGACAGGCCUGCCUCCUCUUCUCCUGCCCAGGCAGUGCCCUGGGCUGUGGGUGAUCCAGAAGAGACAGCAGCCAUCCACUGGUGCGGCACCACUGGCCCGAGUAGUGAGGGGUAGGCCCUGGACCCAGCUCGGGUGGGGAGAUGGCACGGAGGACCCCCUGUGGCAGCUGGGCCUGCAGAAUCAGGGGACAUUCCCAGUAGGCUCCGAGGGUUCUGGGCUGGGGGUGCCACACACAGCUGGCCUGGCUGCGGCCAGCAGGGCAGGCGGACAGGAAGGGAGGAUCCCAGCAGUUGUUCCAGUGGGUUCUGGGGUCCGAGGAGACUGCCUGCAUGGGUCUGGGGGUCACAGAACCUGUGCAGAGUGACGUGUCGCUCAGAACAGGGAGAGAACAAGCAGAACCCUGCAAAAACGAGGAGAGAAGCUCCUUAGGGGCUGUAGAGAUUUCAUACACAGUGAAAGGGCCCAUGAAAAUGUAACUGCUGGCAAAUGUGCAAUUUAUAAUUCAGCAGAGAUGGAAUGGGGGCAACUGGUGGAAGACUUCUGCUCUGGCUACAGUCUGUGCUCCUGCCUCCCUAGUGGCCUGUGGCCUGGAGGCUCCCAGGAGGCCGUGGCUGAGGAAGUGGGCGCCCCCCAUGCCGGACACCAGUGAACCCGACUCUGCAGCCGCGGGCUCUGGAAUACUCUUCCCUUCCUGUGUGGGGAGGGGGCCGGUGGAGCAGAACACACCAACCUGGCUGCGGGCCCUCCCCUGAGUGGACUGAACCCCCUUCCCUACCUCACCUAAAGCCCCAGGACCAUGAACAACAGUACCUGCGGCUCCAGGGAGCUCCCCGGGCCCCAGGCGGCCAAGUACAUCUUCUUCAUCUACAUGGGCGGGCUCCUGGUGCUGGGUCUGCUGUUCAACGGCCUGGCACUGUGGGUGCUGUGCUGCCGCCUGCUGCGCUGGACGGAGACCCGCGUCUACAUGGCCAACCUGGCCGUGGCUGACUUCUGCCUGCUCUGCGCCCUGCCCUUCUUUCUGCACUUCCUGAAGAGCAGCACAGACUCGCCACUCUGCCAGCUGUCCCAGGGCAUCUACCUGGCCAACAGGUACAUGAGCAUCAGCCUGGUCAUGGCCAUCGCCGUGGACCGCUACGUGGCCGUGCGGCACCCACUGCGAGCCCGCGGGCUCCGCUCCCCACGCCAGGCCGUGGCCGUGUGCGCCGUGCUCUGGGUGCUGGUACUGGGCUCCCUGGUGCUUCGCUGGUUCCUGGAUAUGCAGGACGGCGGCUUCUGCUUCUCCAGCCGCUCCGGGCAGAAAUCCUACACCGUGGUCUUCUUGCUGCUGGGCUUCUACCUGCCGCUGGCCGUGCUGGUCUUCUGCUCUCUGCAGGUGGUGACCACCCUGGCCCAGAGGCCAGCCGCCGACGCAGGCCAGGCGGAAGCCACCCGGAAGGCCUCCUGCAUGGUCCUGGCGAACCUGGCCGUGUUCGUGGUCUGCUUCCUGCCCUUCCACGUGGUGCUGGCUCUGCGCACAGCCAUGGGCCUGCACACCUGUGCCAUCCAUCUUGCCCUCCAGAUCACUAGCAGACUCUCGGACGCCAACUGCUGUCUGGACGCCAUCUGCUACUACUUCGUGGCCAAGGAGUUCCAGGAAGCGUCUGCGCUGACCGCCCUCCCCACCAGAGCCAAGGCCCACAAAAGCCAGGACUCCCUGUGUGUGACCUUGGCCUAGGAGGUGGGCCACGGGCUCCUGGGCGGUGCUGCCGAGGCGGGGACCUGUGAGCAGUGACGAGGAGCUCCGGGAUCAGGCUGGGGGCACUCUCACGAGGCCCAGGUGGGCAGAACAACCCAGGCAUGGAGCGUGGGGAGGAGACACCCCUAGCCCUGGGGCCGAAGAGGGGCAGGGAAGACGGCAGGAGGAUGAGGCCUGAGCGAGGCCAACGCCAGGGGCCCUGGGUGGGGCUGCACCCGGAGCCUGGUACCUCUGGGGUGCUGGGGGGUGGGGCCUCCUGGGUGCUGUGAAGCUCUGAUGGCUAGCUUUCUGCUGCUGCCCCACAGGGGCCGGAAUAAAGCUCUUGACCAAG